UUCACUCCGAUAUUUACUUUUCGAACAACAAAAAAAAAAUCCCCAAAUUAUUGGUCUCGCCGUUCCACGGCAAAUCUCGAACUCUUUUUCCCCGGCGAUUCACUCCGUCAUGACUUGAAUCGCCGAUUACCCAACAACUUUUCACUGACACCAUAAACCCUAACUUCUCUGUAGCAUUGGUUCCAAAACCCGCUUGGGAUUCGUGUGCUUUUUUGCUACCUCGGUUUCGUUCCUGAUCUGCUCAAAGAACCUGCGGCGAUCUAUUUUAAAGCUUUGUUCCCACAAAUCUCAAUAAUGAUGACCUGUUGGUGCUUGAAAACGGGUUUCAUUUAAUUUCUUAUUUAGCAGAGUUGCGUUUUAUAUUAUUCUAUCAACAUGGAAGCAUACAGAGAGGAAGCUCUUAGAGUGAAGCAGAUUGCCGAGAGGAGAUUUGCGGAAAAAGAUUUCACAGGCGCCAGGAGCUAUGCAUUGAAAGCUAGGUCUCUGUUUCCUGAUUUGGAAGGUUUGACUCAGAUGGUUGCGACGUUUGAAGUUUAUUUGGCUUCUCAGUGUAGAAGCGGCGGUCAAAUCGACUACUACGCAGUGCUUGGACUGAAACCCUCUGCUGGGAAGAGAGACGUGAAGAAACAGUACAAGAAGAUGGCUGUCUUGCUCCAUCCAGACAAGAACAAAUGUAUUGGAGCUGAUGGUGCGUUCCAUCUCAUAUCUGAAGCAUGGAAGUUCUUGUCCAAUGAGUUCAAUAAAAGCACUUUCUAUUACAAAAGAAAGAAGCAUAUCGACUCUGGCGUUGUUCAGAACCACCGCACAGAGUACACGCCAGGAGCUGCUGCAGCAUUUGAUCGGUUUCCAUCGUCAUCAGAAACACUCGACACUUUCUGGACUGUAUGCACCUCUUGCAAAGUUCAGUAUGAGUACCUGAGGAAGUACGUGAAUAAGAGGCUUUCGUGUAAGAACUGUCGAGGAGCAUUUAUAGCUGUAGAAACCGGUCCAGCUCCUGUUAGUGCACCUUUUCAUUACACGCCUCCAUCUCCUCUUCCUAGUAAUGGCUAUAGCUCACAUAGUUACGAUGCACGCAUGCCCACAAAUUCCACGUAUCUCUUAGGCCACUAUCCUGCGCAAGGACAUGGAUAUGAAUAUGCUACGAAUGGUUCAUAUGAUUGGAGCUCAUCAUACCCUGAAACAACCUCCCCAGGGAAUCUUGAUUUGAAGCGUGUGUCCAAUGGGUAUCCUUACAAGCACAGCAAACCAGCAGGGAUAAGUAAAGUUAAAGAUGGUUCCAACGGGACAUGCUCGAUGAAGACCAAGCCAGAUGGUCUGUUAUAUACUAGCCCGCCUGGCCUUUCUACUCAUACGGCUGCAGUUAAGGUCGGCAGACCUGAGAAGAAGAGCAAAGUAUUUAUUGAAUCCUCUAUUCAUGGAUUUGUUGAGAAUCCUCUGAGAUCUGCAUCUGUGCCAAAGACAACGAAUGCAGAUGUCAAACUUCAUGGCCAAAGCUAUGGUUCAACUAGGCGCUGGUCUGCUGCAUCAGUAUUGGAUACACGGAAGCCAUUACUUCAAAAGGCAAGAGCAGAUAUUAAGCAAAGACUGGAUAUCAUAAGAUUGGCUUCAGAGGCAGCAGCGGCUGUAGAAGUCACGACACUAGCUAGUGAAAAGACUGUUGACUCAUGUAAAUUGGGAGAUGUUACGGGGCGCAAAACCAGUGGGCCUAUAACGGUUCCAGACUCUGAUUUCCAUGAUUUCGAUAAAAACAGAUCGGAGGAGUGCUUUGAGCCAAGACAGAUAUGGGCAAUCUAUGAUGAAGAUGAUGGCAUGCCACGCCUGUAUUGUGUGGUCAGGGAAGUGCUCUCUGUUGAGCCCUUUAAGAUUGACAUAGCCUACCUAAGCUCCAAAACCGACAUCGAGUUCGGGUCCAUGAAGUGGGUUCAAUACGGGUUUACAAAAUCGUGCGGACAUUUCAGGAUACAAAACUAUGACAUAGUUGAACAAGUUAACAUAUUUUCGCAUCUUUUGAGAGGCAGGAAGACAGGGAGAGGCGGUUGUGUUCGAAUCUUCCCCAAAACUGGGGACAUUUGGGCGGUCUACAAGAACUGGUCACUGAACUGGAAUGAAUCAACACCUGACGAAGUGAGGCACGAAUAUGAAAUGGUCGAGGUCCUUGAUGAGUAUACUGAACAGUAUGGUGUGUGCAUUGUGCCUCUUGUUAAGCUAGAGGGCUACAAAACAGUAUAUCACAGGAGCGCGAGGGAAGACGGUAAGAGAUGGAUACCAAGGAGCGAGAUGCUGCGGUUUUCACAUCAAGUGCCGUCUUGGUUUCUCAAAGGUGCAACUAGCGGCUUUCCUGGAAACUGUUGGGACUUAGAUCCGGCUGCAAUCCCCGAGGAGCUGCUUCACGUUGGAGCAGAAGCUGAUUGAUUGAUUCCAGUGACCUUGCAGGAGAAGGAAGGUAUCAGAUUUAGACCAAGUGUAAUAGUUGUAUCAGCGAAGACUAGAGAUGUAAGAGAGACUGUUGACACGCAAAAGAUUAUGUUUGGUCACUAAACUAAAGCUGUUGUAUUAGGUGAUAUUCAACGAGUAAACAAAGCGUAGUUGGUUUUUGUUUGAUCUCUUUGUUUGAUCUCUUCUUUACAUUCGCUCUUUAUUGACCUUAGUCAUGACCGAAAUUUUACAGUCCAGUUAUAAAAAGUAAAAACAGCAAUUUAUCAUUCCUUUUCUUACCACUUUUGUUUAAAAAGAAAAUUCUGGAAAGGAUUUUUG